GAAAGAUAAAAAAGAUUCGUAUAUUAUUCUUUAUUCUGUUUGCGGAAUUUGUAAUGCUGAAUUAACUGAGUGUAUAUCCUAGCAACAAGAUCAUGUUGCCAAGCAUUUGGAUUGAGUUAGGCAGCUGCCCUUUAAAUUGGAGAUAGCUGGCGAGUUCUUGAAUUUUCAUCUGAUUGAGUUCUGUGUUAGUUAAGCAAAAACCCAUCCUUUUUUUUGCUUUUUUCCUUCCUUUUUAAACAAAAUAGAUUCUGAAUUUUGUGAAUGUUCACCACGGGUUAAGCAGCCAAUGGAAUGGGUGUUUAGUGUGAGAAUCUCUGAUGUCAGCGUCAAUGAUUGAAGUUUAUUGUUUGAGAAAGAUAGUGUGGUGGUUUUGUCUACUUGAAUUGCAUGUAGAAUGACACUCUCUUCUUCGUUGUUCACCAAAAGAUCCAUCAUUGUUUAUUUCUUAAUCUACUUGGAUUAGCUACUUUAUUUGCUUGUUUUAUGAAUUCACAGAAUUUAUCAUGUAUUGAUAGUUUAUAAGAGCUAAUAAAAUGGAAGAGAAAAUAAGCACUGGCUGUGAUAACCACAAGGAUACCAUUUCUCAGCCCCUCUCACUUACGCAAUAAGCAUAAUGGAGCAAAAUGGUGAUUCAUUAGCAGUAUAAAGCAGCCUAGCUUAACAUCUUCUCUAUUAGUGGUUUGCAGGAUAAGAAAAAUUUCCCUGUGGUGGGUUGUCCCUGAUAGGAAUGAGCAAAGUGCGUUGAAAUCACGCCUGAGAUUGCCUGGAGUAAACUUGAAAAAUGAGAAAGAAUAAUUUUCUACAAGACGAGGAUAAUCACUUGGAGAUGACUCGGGCUAGAUUCUCAAAUGUGCUUAAAAGGCAUGGAGAAUUAGCAGAACGCCUGUCUAGGGACUCUGAUAAGAUGAUAUUUGAGCGUUUGCAGAGAGAAUUUGAAGCUGCUAUUGCUUCUCAAACUCAAGAAAUUUCUUUAGAUGGUGAGCAGUGGAAUGAUGGAUUAUUGGCUACAAUAAGGGAGCGGGUUCAUAUGGAGGCUGAAAGAAAGGCAAUGCAAUUGCCAGGGGAUACAAGCAUGUUGCAUGGUCUUCCUUUUCAUGAUAAAAUCACUUACAAAGUUGCAAACAAGAUUAUCUGUUGUUUGGAAGGAGCAAGGAUCGGCAUACAGUAUGAGACAACAUUUGCAGGAGAACCCUGUGAAUUGUUCCACUGUGUGCUUGAAAGCAAGUCAUUUCUUGAAAAGAUGACUGUCCUUGAGCAUACAGUACCUUUUUUCCUACCAAUACGUGAAGCUGAAAAUGAGUUUCUCUCUUCAAAUGCGAUGAAAUUCAUAGAUCAUGUAGGAGAUCUAUUGCAGGCCUAUGUUGAUAGGCGUGAACAGGUUCGCCUUAUCAAGGAAUUAUACGGAAAUCAAAUCAAAGAACUUUACCAUAGUCUUCCGUACCACAUGGUUGAAUUUUUGCUUGACGAUUAUGAUUGUAAGGUGACGGUAAGUCUUAGAUAUGCAGAUCUUGUCUCUAUACUUCCAACUGGAGUCAGUGUCCUGGCAUGGCCAAUGCACAGGAAUUUCAUGAACAAGAAGGGAGGCGGACCAUUAGGGAGUAAAACCAUUCCAGAAAGGCUGUCUUAUGCAGAGGAUGCUUUACGAACCAUGAGUUUACCUGAAGCUUACGCAGAGAUUGUUUUGAACCUCCCUCAUACUCUGCAGGAGAUAUAUCCGCACAAUGCUUCUUCAUAAUCUCUCAACUUCAUCACUGUAGAGAACGCUGAGAAAUGGAGAGAUGGUUUAUGCAGAGACAUUGAUUUGCCAGUCACAGUGCUGCUUGUUCCUGAACGGAGUAUGCAUAGGUGAAUUUUGAUUGUUGCAAGAGGUUGAGUUCUAUCAUUUCUCUUGGUUGUAAUGCUAUAAGCAUCCAGUCUCUAUCCUCCACAUGAAUGAUGAUUUUUUUGGGUUGCUGAUGUUACCGUGCAUAUCCCAUUGAGGAGAAGCUAGUAGGAUAGUAACGGGACCAUAUAUAUAUAUAUAUAUAUAUAUAUUGUGCUUCUGCUUUUA